AUGCCAUGCCCAAGUUGCCGUGAGGCUGUGGAAGAGGAGCCGAACUCCCCAGCCGAGUUUGCGGACGAUGUGGAAAACAAGCCAGAGAAGGCCAGUGUGGCUUCGAAGCUUAAGAAAGGCAAGAACUCUAAGAAAGGGAAGGCCAAGGUGCAGAAGAAGCACCUGAAGUCGAAAGCCAGCGGUAAGCCGAAAGCUGCCUCCAAGUGUCUGCUCUGCUUGAAGAGCCCACAGGACGGCCGGGAGGCAGACUGGGCCGAGUUCAACGACAACGUGGCGACAGGUGAUGCUUGCCGUGUGUGCAUCGAGGUCAACGUGAGCUGCUGGCCUGAGCUCUCCUUCCGUGAGUUUGCCAGUCGAUUCCAUGACAAGGGUUCCGCAGAGAACAAGGAGUUCCGAACGGUUGUCACCGGUGCCAGGGUGUUGCUGAAGAACCGCUUGGCUGGCAAGCCCACACCGGAAAUCCUUCCGCCGACGUAUGUGCGUGCCAGGAAUGAGAGGCUGCUGUGUGUGUACUACGACGUCCUGUAUGUCAGCGUGUCCGAGCUCACCAGGCUGUGCGGUGGCCUUGGUCCGAAGCAGCUGGGGCUCAAGAAGCCCAUGCAGUUGUCACUUGAAGACAACAGUACGCUGAAAGGGUACAUCUUCAGCUUGGAGGGUGUGGACCCUUCAGUGGCACAAUCUUUGAGGAAAAUCCGUGUUGAGCGCCGUUUGGGUGUUCAGAUGGAUGAAGAGCUCAUGCAACCUCGCCAGCAGCUCAUCAAAGGCCGUGAACGGCAUGUCUUCGAGCAUGUCUGUGACGGACAUGCUGCCCACUUCCCAAGCAAGCUGUUCAAGGGCAACCUGAGGACAAAGUUCACGACCUUGCAAUCCCUCAUUCAGUUUGCAGCGCAGAGCGAGAAGGACCCCGCGGACGGUGAGGACUACGACGAGGACGAAGAGGGCGAAGAGGAGGAACCAUUGGAGGACGACGAUCUGGUGGAGGACAGCGACAUGGAAGUGGAGGAGAAGAUGAGCCUGGUGUCGGGAGGCACUGGCCUCACUGGCGUGUCACGCAUUUCCAAGCUCAAGCGUGGUCCGCUCAGCAUCGUGCCGCAAAAGAUGGACUUGGGAAGUGUGGGUGCGGCUGUGGAUCCACAGCCGAAGAAGUCGCUGAAGCGGAAGAGGGAGGAUGCUGACGAGCCUGUGGAUCCCUCCGAGCUGGCAACCGUCAUCUCGGACGAGAAUCUGCAGCUCGACGAGGAGAUGCAGGCUGUUGCAGAUGCCCUGGGCAACACCCCGCCGUGCUUGCAAGGUUUGCUGGUGAGCCGUGUCCUGUCGGGCGAGAAGCCAGGGCAUCAGAUCAAAGGAGUGUCGGCCAGAACCCUUCUGGGGACGAUGCAAUUGAAGAAGCAGAAGGAGGCUGAAAAACUCGAGAAACGCAUCGACCUGGUUUCCCACCUUUCUGCACUCGUGCAUGGCAAGAUCCGGGACAUGAAGGCCCACGAGCUCGCUCUCCACUUGCAGCACUGUGACAACAGUGAGGUCAAGUUGACAUUUGAUCUCAGGUGUCAGUAUCUUCAGCGCCGAGGAGACGACUUGAUUGCAAAUUUGCAGGAGUGCAGCAAGAAGUCCGCUGCCCAGACCAUCGUGGAAAGCAUCGUUCGGUGCUUUGGGAUUUGGAUCCCAAUGAAAGCCAAGUCCGAGGCGGAAAUCACUGCCUGGCAGAUUUGGUCGGAUGAGAAGAAGAGUCUCCAGAAGCAGGCCGACGAUGGCACGAUCGCCGAUGAGGAGCUGGAAAGCAUGAUUGAGAAGCAAGCACAGGUCCAGAUUCCAGAUUCACCAUUUGUGAGCUUUUGGAUGAUGGUGUUGUAUUUGAGUCGUAUUCGUCAAUGCCAGUACCUCAGUACUCAAUACUCAGCACAAAACGAUUGCCUUGCUGGAAUCACAGCCAGCCAGCCAUCGGCAGCCAUUGUGAUGAUGUGUGUGUGUGUAUGUGUCCUCAGUCUCAAUGCACCUGGGAUCGAUGCCGAUUGCAGGUAA